CAUUUUAACAAACUGGAUGGUUUACUCGUGCUUGAUUUGUUUAUACAUUCUGUUUGUGGCUGAUUAAAUAAAAACAAUUAUUACCAUGAGUUGUGUGAAUUGUGAUCAGAAAAUUAUGAAGUACAGAUGCAAAAGGUGUCCGGAAUUCACAUGUUCCUUGGCAUGCCAUAAGCAGCAUGAGACAGUAGAUUGUUGUGCUGAAGUAGCAACCCAUCAAAUCAAAAGCAAGCCAGCACAAAGCACUUAUCAACACACUGUACCUUUCAAAACAGUAGACACAGUAGAGCCGCAAAAACUGAAAGAGCUUGAAAAGAGCGAAAAACUAAAAGAUCUUCUCCGAAAUCCACACCUCCGCGAAUAUCUAGUACAAAUAGACAAGUCACCGGAUGCCUGGAAGGCGAUGAAAAUUGCAAUGCUUGAACCGCUUUUUAUCGAGUUCGCUAACGAAUGUUUAAACAUUGUGGAACCAGAUUUAUGAUUGAAAAUAAAUUUUUUAUAGAAAAAAAACCAACCAACUGAA